AGCAAAGGAGGGAGGAGGAAUGAGGGAGAAGGGGGAGGGUAAACACACCCAGGCAGACAGAGCCAUGUCUGACAUCCUCGCUCAGUGAAAGAAGGACCGAUACAAAGCCAGGGUGACCGAGCAGAGGAGAGAUAGAGGGAAGGAGGCAGGGAGGGAGGGCAGAGUGUGCGACGUGGAGGCUCCUGUGGUUGCAGCUGCUCUCAGGGCUGCUCCCCUCCCUGCUGCCUCCAUGCUCCUGACAGGGAAGCAGGGCAUCAUCAUCAUCACCAUCACCCAGAUGCGGCGCCGCUGUAUGGGAGGUUAAUCCUGCAAACACCAGCAUGGGAGCCAAACAGAUGAAAUGUCUCAGCUCCGCCAGCCCUGCUCACUCCCCCAAAGAGGAGUAUGUUAUCGCCCAGUUCACUGACACCCCUAAAGAGGAGACUGUCCAUGAUCAGGCGGAGGACCAUGGGGAAUCUUGCGAAGACAAAUCUGAGCUGACAGAGAAGAAAUCUGUCGCAGAGGAGGUGUCUCUCUGUGGAUUGUGUCCCUCCCUCGGGCACAAUGGGCAGGAGGAGGAGAAGUCCUGGGAGGAGCAGCUGGAUGCCCACCAGGAGCAUCUGGAGAAGGAGAUGCAGGAGGCCAGGAGGAUGGUGUUCCGCCUCCAGGCGCUGCUGCUCCACGGCUCCCUCCCUGAGGAGGACCAGGAUGGAUCUGUGAGCUUCGGAGAGAACCGGGCGAACGCUGAACAGCAGCUGGUUCUAGUCCGCAGUCGUCUGGACCAAAGCAUGGAGGAGGCCCUUGAUCUCAAGAGGGAACUCCUGAGACACAAACAGGAGGUGCGACACAUUCAGGCCAUCAAGGAUGCUCUGCAGCAGCGUCUGGCAGUGCAGGAGGACGCCGUGCUGCAGCUUAAGCAAGAACUGCUGAGAUCCAACAUGGCCAAAGAUCAGCUGGAAGGGGAAAAUGCAGAGCUCAAACACAAGCUGAGCGAACAGAACAAAUUGCUCAGUGAAUAUGAGCAGCAGCUCGGGAGGAAGGAGAGAAUUCUGCAGCAACAGCAACAAAAACUCGAGGACGCUCAACAUAAAGCACAUGAAGUCAGCCUUGCACGGUCAUUCAGGAGUGAAAGUGGUGGUUACAGUAACUUAGUGGCUUCAACAUCUCCUCCAGCAUUCCAACACAUAGCACCGGGUGAAGAGCUGCAGCUGGUCAGGGAGGCACUUCGUAGUUUGAGGGACAGUUUUUCUGACCACGAUCCCCAACAUCACACCCUGGACACUCUGGAACAGGGCAUGUCCAGCCUCAUGGACCGAUUACACACUUUUGACACCCAGCGCAGACAGGACCGAGGGGAGGAAUUUAAAUCACCAGGUCGCAGAGCCAACCCGACAGACCGUGACUCCUGGCCGACGAGCUCGAAAAUGGCGCACUCACACAGCAGCCCGGGAUUGGAUUCCGCCGUUUCAACCAAAGUGCUCUACUUCACGGAUCGCUCGCUCACCCCGUUUCUGAUCAACAUCCCAAAAAGGCUGGGCGAGGUGACACUGCGAGACUUCAAGGCCGCUAUAGACAGACAAGGCAGUUUCAGAUACCACUUCAAGGCCCUUGACCCAGAGUUUGGCACAGUGAAAGAGGAAGUAUUCCAGGACGGAGCAGUCGUGCCUGGCUGGGAGGGGAAGAUCGUGGCGUGGGUGGAGGAGGACCACGGCGAGCGGAGGUAGAACCCAAAAACAAGAGAGCACCACAGCAAACCUCAGUUGUUCCCACUGGACCAGAAAAAUAAAUAACUUGUGAUGCCAUAAGAAAUAAUAACACAGUUAACUGGGACCAAUAGUUAAAAUACAAUUUCAGUGUAAAACAAUGUCUUUAAAUGAAUGUUUCAUAUGAAGAAUUUGACUUGAAUCUCACAUUUGGAUACUUUUGUUUAUUUAAUUUUUUUUAAUUUUUUAAAGAAUGAGUAUCAGACACUUUUUGCAGCUCAUACAUUAAUAUGUGGGACUAAAAGUUAAUGGUCAGUAAACUUGAAACUCUGAAUUAUAUUAAAAAAAAGGUGAUUUACAAUAAAUAACUAAUUGGAUAAGCUAAAAAAAGAAGCUGUUAUCAGUGCUGACUGACAUUUUUCACACGUUCCAGAUUGCCAAAUAGUGUUGUUGUUAUUCCACAUCCAUUGUGAUGUUUUAAUAAAGGCAAAUUACUGCAUGGA